AUGUCGAACGUUAUUUCUUUCGAUGAAUUUCAAAUAAACAAGCCUGUUAGAACUAUUAAUUAUGGAACUAUAUAUAUAGCAUAUUGGAAGAAAAAGAAGUCUCAAGAAGUUGCGUUAAAAUAUCUAUCAGAAACUGAGGUGGACAUCAAUGACAUAUUGAAAGAGGUACGCGAAAUUAAAGAAAAAACACAUGAAAAUGUUACCAAAAUAUUAGGAGUUACCAAAGAUGAAGAAAAACAAGCAGUAGUAAUCGUGUUACAGAAAACUGAUAGUAACCUUCGUGAAUAUUUGAAAGGUAAAACCGAUGAUAAAUCUUUAGAGUUGAGGGAUAAAUUAAAAUUAGCAUAUGAGAUAUCAAGUGGAUUGAACUUUUUACAUUUAUCUGGCUAUGUUCACCGAAAUUUGGCCGUCAUUAUGGAUCCAAGGCUUUCUAUAAUUCUUAACGAAACCCAACCAUUAAACACAUUGAAAAACACAAUCCCCUAUGUAGCCCCUGAGAUUCUGGAAAAUAUAAAUAAUAUUCCAAAUUUUAAAAGUGAUGUUUACAGUCUUGGUGUAAUAUUCUGGGAGAUAUCAAGUGGGCACGAACCAUUUCAAAAUUAUGAUGGCAUGACCCUAAUUCAGAGUAUCAUAAACAACAACAAAAGAGGGUCACCGGAGGAUAUCCCUAAUGACUAUGUUGGACUAUACACGAAAUGUUUGGAUAGCAAUCCAGAUCUUCGCCCGAAUACGCAAAAUAUUUGCUUAAAACUGAAUGAUAUGCUCAAAGAGAAUCUUAAAG